AUGCUCGGUGUUGGUCUGCCGAUUCCGAAAAUACCCAGUGGUAACACCUACAAAUAUGCGCCUGAAUUCUACGUUCCUGCCCUAGUGCCAGAUUUCGAGAUAUUGGGUCGGUUGAAAGUGGAUCAUUUUCUUAAGCUGGAAAUUGGUUUUAAUCGCCACCAGAAGACCAAACACGCCAUUUGUCUGAUAAAGAUUCCAAUUCUCAUAGGUACAUCGACCGCGCCAGAACGCCCUCCUCCACCAUCAGACAACGAUGCCUGGUGGACAAAAGUCGCUUCAGAUUCUGCAGCUGGAAAAUCCACCGAAGGUGGGGCUGAAGGUGAAUCGUUGGAGUCAGGCUAUAUGCCCAACGCUUUC